AUGAGCUCCAGCCGUAGCUUUAGCCAGAACCAUUCAGCCUCCCUCCAUGGGAUCAGAGGCAACUGGGGCCAGCCAGGGAGCUUCCCCCGGGCCCCCAGCGUCCAUGGAGGUGCUGGAGGGGUUCGCAUCUCCCUCUCCUCCACCAGACCAAGCUGCCUACCCCCUCGAGGGUCUUGGGGGUCCGAAAGAGGUGGUUCCCUCCUAAGUGGGGAUGGAAAAGCCACCAUGCAGAAUCUCAAUGACCGCCUGGCAACCUACCUGGACAAGGUGCACGCUCUGGAGGAGGCCAACUUGAAGUUGGAAAGCCGCAUCCUCCAAUGGCAUCAGCAGAGAGAUACUGGCAGCAGGAAAGAUUAUUCUCAAUAUGAGGAAAACAUCAGCCACCUGCAAGAGCAGAUAGUGGAUGGUAAGAUGACCAAUGCUCAGAUCAUUGUUCUCAUUGACAAUGCCAGGAUGGCCAUGGAUGACUUCAACCUCAAGUAUGAAAAUGAACACUCCUUUAAGAAAGACUUGGAAAUGGAAGUGGAGGGCCUCCGGAAGACCUUGGAUGAUCUGACCAUCAUCACGACAGACCUGGAACAGGAAGUGGAGGGAAUGAGGAAAGAGCUCAUCCUCAUGAAGAAGCGCCAUGAGCAGGAAAUGGAGGAGAACCCAGUGCCAAGUGACUUCAAGGUCAAUGUGAAGGUAGACACUACUCCAGGAGAAGAUCUAAUUAAGGUCCUAGAGGAUAUGAGACAGGAAUAUGAGCUCAUAAUAAAGAAGAAGCAUCAGGACAUUGACGCUUGGUUUAAAGAGCAGUCUACAGCCGUGUCCCAGGAGGUGGCCAGUUCCAGUCCAGCGGCUGUGCAGGGCAGCCAAAAUGACAUCCAUGAGCUGAAACGAACUUUCCAAGCCUUAGAGAUUGACCUGCAGACACAGCACAACAAGAAAUCUGCUUUGGAGCGCAUGUUGUCAGAGACCCAGUCCCGGUACUCCUGCCAGCUCCAGGACAUACAGCAGAUCAUCGCCCGCUAUGAGGAAGAACUAAGGCAGCUCCGCUGUGACCUGGAGCGUCAGAACACUGAACACAAGCUGCUCCUGGGCAUCAAAACCCACCUGGAGAAAGAAAUCGCCACCUACCGCCAGCUCCUGGAGGGAGACACUGACGGGACAAUGGAAGAAUCUGAGUGGACCAUGAAAGCAUCUGCAGCUCCCACACUCAAGGCCAUCACCCAAGAGACCGUCAAUGGAAGAAUCGUUCUUUCUCAAGUGAAUGAGAUUGAAAAGCAAAUAGAGACUCAAAAUAAGAAAUACACAAACAUCUUCAAUGAGUUCCUUUGUGCCAUAUUUGUCGAUUCAAUACAGAGCACACUGGGUCAACCACACAGCCCACUGGAGUCUCAUCAGUAUGGUCUUAUUCAACUCAAGCUGAGCCUGCAAGAGCACAGGCUAAGUGAAGCCUUGCUGGAGGAUGUUGUUCAGGUUCUCAUCAAGGAGAAGGUGGCAGAAUGA